GGGUUUAUCUUGAUCAUUUUGUGAGUGCUUCCUCGUGGGAGAGUUUGGAAGUCUGCAGGAAAGCAUACCUGCUUAUUGUGGUUAACUUUUACAAGGUUGAUGUGUCUUACAGCGCUCGCAAAGCAGAACUAAAGAAGGCUCUGUGUGAACAGCUGGUGGAACAGAGUGUGCUGCCAAUGAUUGCUGUCAAAAAGGCGGAAGACGCCACACCUGGAGAUGAUGACGCAGCACUGGCUGAUGCGCCCGCUGAAAAAGACGAGUCCGUUGAGGUCUCGGAAAACCUGGAAAGUAUGUCAUCAGGUGAUCUGCGCCUCCCACUCCGCAUUAGGGAGGUGGAAAGCCGCAACAAGGAGCUGGAAGUGCAGGCUAUGCACCUUCGUGUUAAAGCCCUUGAACUGGAGAGACGCGCCCCAGCAGCCUUACAAACCCCAGCGAGCACAGCGAGUUCUGCUUCUUCAACUUUUGAUAUCACAAUGUUGGUGGAGCAAGCCAAACCCAAGUUUGACACAUCUCAGGUCUCUGAGUUGGUGAAGAGGCUCUUCAGCCUGACAGUGACCCCAAAAGAUAUUCGGCCUCUGCCCAGCUACGAUGAUCAGAACUUCUAUGUGGCGCCUGCUGAGGGUGGCGAGUUCAUCCUAAAGAUCCUGAACACAGAGGACAGCAAGAACCCCAGCAUGAUCGAGGUCCAGACGUACGCCAUGACCUUCCUCCACCAGAAUGGACUUCCUGCUCAAACAGCCAUUCCCAACAACUCAGGACAGCUGAUGAGUCUGGAAGAAAUGGAUUGCGGGUACGGCUGUCAGAAGUACCUCGUGCGGCUGUUGACUUAUUUACCAGGAGUGACCAUUUCGAAGGUUCCUUUAACACCAGAGUUAUUAUAUGAGACAGGCAAGAUGGCCGCUAGAAUGGAUGAGGUACUUCAGAAGAUGGAACACCGUCAUCUCGGCGUUCUGCUGAGGGAGGAGUUCAUGUGGAGUCUGUCGAAUCUUGUCCUCCUGGAAGCGUACUUAAACGUUUUAGAUGGAGAUCCCCUCCAGGAGGUUGUGAAGUCGGUCAUUCAUCAUUACAAGACAUUUGUACAACCUAAACGCUCCAGCUUCCGCAAGUGCAUUAAUCAUGGCGACUUGAAUGACUUAAAUGUGCUCGUGCAACCUGAUGACAAUGGCGGCUACAAGAUUUCCGGCAUCCUUGACUUUGGGGACAUGAACAGCGGCUACUACAUCCACGAACUCGCUAUCGCCCUAAUGUACAUGAUGUUAGAGCAUCCUAACCCCAUUGAGGUGGGUGGGCCUGUCCUGGCUGGGUUUGAAAGCAUCCUCCCACUCAGUGAGGUUGAGAGAGAAUGCCUUUACUUGCUGGUACUGUCUCGCUUCUGCCAGAGUUUGGUCAUAGCUCGGUAUUCCGUGGCGUUGCACCCAGAGAACGCGGAGUACCUGAUGAUUUCAAGCAAGAAAGGGGUCAAGAUUCUCCAGGAUCUUUGGGAGCUUGGGAAAGAGCAGGUGGAGAAGGUGUGGUUUACUAGUGCUGCUCAGUUUGAUGACAGAAAGUGAGAAAUACUUUAUAUAGGAAAAUCUCCAAUUUACACAAAUCAUUCAGUGUGUUUACAUGCACAUCUAAAUGAAUCUAGGUCCAUCUAACAUAAUAGGCUGGGGAUCUGUAACCUAGCUUACAUUUACUUUGGAAAACCAAACUCUCAAAUGAAGUAUGUACGUCACCAUAGGUGUCAACAUGUGCACUUUUUGCAUUCUUUCAGUUAGCAUAUAGCAACACAGAUAGUAAACAAAUGCAGGUGGAGGUGAAGCAGAUGGAGUAAAAACAGGAUGUGCACAAUGGCCAAAGGUAUUUACAACAACAACAACGGGGCAGCACAGCUUAUUUGGCUAGUACUGUACUGUUUUGGUGUUACACAUGUUACUUUGUGGCGACGUUAUCAGAAGACUUCUUCUGUGGUCUCGUCUCUUCCGAAAGUUACCGGUAUCAGCUCGACUGGGCCGUGUAGAUGCAGAUGAAGUGGGGUUCCUACCGCAUCAUCUGGAUGCUUCAGCAUUGUUUUAACCAUUUCGCCUUCACUGACUGACGUGUUUACAGGAAAACUGAUGUGAGUCCAUUUAGGGCAAUAGUUCGGUUUUCUGAUGCACACAAAACACACUGAUUGUUUUGUCUUAAUGAAUGGGGUGUGAUAUGUUAGAUAACUCAUGAUUCAAUUUUGAUUCAGGGUCCUUUGACUUCAUUAUGAAAUAAUUAUCAUGAUUACCACAAUUUUUAAUGCAUUUUUUUCAUCGUUAAGGUUUUUUUCUCAUGUCAUAGAUUUUUCAUACUUUCAUAUUACAUAAUUCAGCACAAAUUAUUCAAGUUACCAUAUACCUCUUACUCCACCAUCUUCUUCAUCUCAGACUGAACAUAUAUCCCAAAUACUUUUGCCUGAAAUCUACAGGAUACAUGUCAAUAGUGAAAAUGAAAGUAAACAUGGGUUGUCAGUCUUGCUUUUGUGAAUAGUGUCAGCUGAGACAGCAAACACCUUUUGGAGCGGCUUGUGAGAAAACGUAAGUAGCGUUGUUUCAAUUGGCAAAUAAAACAAGUUAUGCUCAAGCUAAAAGGAAGUCCAUGACAGUGUGGAGAUGGCCCCCACUCCCACUUUAUACAGCCAUCGCGUAAUCUUUAGUGAAAAACACAUGAUCGCGUCACAUUAUCGUCACAGGCUCGCUGGUGCUGCCUUAGCUUUGCAGCAAAGUGCUGCCAUAGAUUUAUGAAAAAGGCCGGAGUUGCGGGCACGUUCAUUUAUUUCUUCCUGGAUUGUUGGCUGCUUAGGAGCAACAACCACUGGCUUCUUCUUUUCAUCCAAACUGGGACAGAAGCGUGAAAGGUGCUGUCGCACGUUGAUUGUGUUGUUUCCUUUAACUUUCCUUUAAUCCACCUAAAGAGUACGCUUCACACUCAGUGGCUAAAGCCAUUGCACUUUGUUUGUCCGUCCCUUAAAAUGUCCGGGCAGCAGGUGUAACAUUUAUGUUCCUGCCGCGCUUUGCGGCUGUUUUGGGGCAUUUAUUUAUAAUUGUUUACGAAUGUUUACAAAUUGAUGUAGAAUCAGCAUGUGUCACGCAGCAAUACAUCAAUGAAAUGGUGAAUCGGCACACCGCUACUUGUGUUUUCUCAGUGUAAUCUUUACAUUUAGACACUUUAAAUUAGGAAUUAAUUAUUGUGCCUUAAAGGUGUGGAACAUUGAAAAAAGAUUUCUAAAAUCUUAUUUUUGAUUAUAAUCAGUAACUCUGAGUUUUUCAUGUAGGCUGAACAUGAAAAUAGUCUCCUACACCUAUCUCUUGCAUUAGCUUGUAACAGAAGACAGAUGUGAAACUCUAAGAUUUGAAAAUCCUGUCAGACCUACAUCACACUGUCUCUUAACAUUCAUGGACUCACCCAUCUUGACUCACGACGGGGAAGCUGUUGUUGGUUUAGUGUCCAGGAAACAGCAGAAGACGUCUCAGCUACUAGAUGCUAAAUAUUAGCAUUAGCAACUUCAACACAUGGCAGAGCUCUUCCAGGCUUGUGUUAUUUGUGGAGAUAAAAUAUCAGCAUUGCAAUUCAGUGGUAGAGUUGUGUUGCUGUUAUCCAAUCAGAGGCGAUGUUCAAAUAUCAGUAAAUAAGACUCCAAAACUGGCUCACCUGUGAUGUGGCUCACUUCUAAUUCCUGGAAAUUGUGCACCAGUGUUUUUUGCACUGUUAUCCAAGAUGGCGCCAGUGUUGCCGGCUUGCCGUCUGUCAGCUCCUCUACUUUUUGUAUUUUAAUUGUUUUUAGCCUAUGUGUUACAACCCGCUCAUCCGAGAUUGGUGUAUGAUCAUCAUACGCUAUUUAAAAUAGGUUUUUCGGUUAGAUUUUUACCACCCGAAGCUGUUGAGCAGCGGAAUACUUCCUCCCCCCUCUACCUGCAUGGCCUUUCGGCGUGCUGGGAAACACCGCCUUUUACGCACUCUGCUAGGAGGAAACGUAGGAGGAGAGGCUGUCGGGGUGGACGGCUCGUCAAGCUGAAAGCAUUGAAGCUUGCCUUUUCUAGUGGUUCGUGAGUAGUCUUGUGUUCUUCCACUCGGUUCCUCGGUGCCUAGCUCGUUCCUGUUGCUGGCAAUUCAUGGGAGUAUGGUAAGCGCUCCCCACCCUUUCAGAGAUUGUCGGAGAUGAGCCGAUCUGAGGAAUCUCCGAUCAUUGACUAGAGCUUCUUCCACCAUCAGCAGCUCUGAAGUGUCCUUAAGGUGGGGCCUGGUCAAUGCUAGGUCUGUGGCUAACAAAACAUUCAUUGUGAAUGAAUUUUUUACAGCACAUGUUCUCGACAUUGUCUGUGUGACAGAGUCAUGGAUUCUUCCUGGUGAGUCCGCUGUUUUUAGUGAACUGAUCCCAGCUGACUAUGCUUUUAUUAAUGUUCCGAGGACCACUAAACGUGUCGGUGGAUUGGUGGUUAUUUCUAAAGCUAAUCUGAAGAUCAAACAUUUGCAGUCCUGGUCUCCUAAUACCAGUUUUGAACUGUACUUAUUCGAACUUGGUCAUCCACAACCGCAACCAAUCCUCUGUGUUGUAGUAUAUAGACCCCCGAAAUACAACAAGGAUUUUUUGCCGGAGUUUUCAGAAGUCCCUAGCAAACUGGGCUGCUAGAUACGAGCGGAUAUUGUUACUGGGAGACUUUAAUAUUCAUAUCUGCUGCCCCGGAAAACCUUUAUAGUCUCUGAUUUGAUCAACCUUUUGAACUCUUUGUCUUUUACGCAGUGGGUUAAUGGGGCCACACAGGAAUGUGGCCACACACUGGAUCUUGUGUUAUUACUGGGGUGUUCAGUAGAUAAUCUGACUAUUAAGGAUGCACUUUUUUCAGACCAUAAUUCAAUAUUAUUUGAGACUACUCUGCAUAGCAAUUUGCUGGCACCUGUUGCCCCCAGUAGGUAGAGUUGUCAUGUGAACUCUGACACUGCAACUCAUUUCACUUUGCUGUUUGAACAAGCCUUCUUUGAUUUAUCAGACAAGUCCUCACUGGAUGGAUUGCUUACUUGUUUUAAUGAGACCUGUGAGGAUAUCCUUAACACUGUUGCGCCAUUAAGGUCCAGGAGGGGAAAGCGUACGGUGAAUUUAUGGUCAACGGACGCUACUCGUGCCGCAAGAAGGACAUGUAGAAGAUAUGAGAGACAGUGGUAGAAGGAUAAUAUGCAUGUUUCCCUAAUUGCUGUACGUGAGAGUUGGAAAUCAUACCAAGAGGCAGUUAGAUCUGCGAAAUUUGCAUAUUAUUCCAAUCUCAUUUCUUUAAACUCAAACAACCGCAGAGCACUUUAUACAGCAAUUAACUCAGUUCUGAAAUUAAAUGAUCAUCAUGUGGUGCAGGCUUCAGCUAAAAUGUGUGAUGAGUUUCGUGACUUUUUUAUAGAGAAAGUUGCUGCGCUCCGGGCUACCAUGUCUAUGGCACCGGUAUGUGGCCGUUCUGUUACUGCCAUCAGAGGUUUGGUAGCAUUUCAACAAAUUAGUCUAGAUGAUUUGAUCAAGAUCGCUGGGAAGGCUAAGUCGAGCGGCUCGCCGGAUGAAGUGAUGCCAACACGCCUCUUUAAAGAAGUCUUUCCAGUAGUCGCCCCUUUAAUAUUGCACAUAAUUAACACGAGUCUCAGUUCUGGUAUAGUCCCUGACGAUUUCAAAAAGGCGGUUAUUCAACCUUUGCUCAAAAAGCCUGGACUGGAUGCUUCGCUGGCUGCAAACUAAAGGCUCAUUUCGAAACUUCCAUUCUUAAGUAAGGUACUAGAGAAAUGUGUUUACCACCAGCUCUUGGUUUUUAUGGAUGAGAAUGCCAUUUUUGAGACUUUCCAGUCUGGCUACAGAGCUCAACACAGCACGGAGACUGCACUGGUUAGAGUGCUCAGUGACAUUUAUCUAGCGACUGAUAGCAGUAAUUCAGUGUUGUUACUUCUGCUGGACCUCACGGCUGCCUUUGACACGACAGAUCAUGAAGUGCUGCUUCACCGUCUACAUCAUUAUGUCGGGAUUUCACGGUUAGCCCUGGAAUGGUUUAGAUCAUACCUGACACAUAGGAAAAUGUGUUUUAGGAUGGGAAGUUAUUUCUCAGAGUACUCUGUUCUACCAUGGGGGGUACCACAGGGCUCGAUAUUGGGACCUUUGUUGUUUUCUGUUUACAUUCUGCCCUUAGGUGACAUCUGUCGUAAGCUUGGAGUUCAAUUCCACCUAUAUGCUGACGAUUGUCAGCUGUACCUGCCUCUAAACACGUCAAGUGGUCUCUCUAUUUCUAUUCUUACUAACUGUUUGAGGGAGAUCAAGACCUGGAUGAGUGAACAUUUUCUGAGCCUAAAUGAUCACAAAACAGAGGCUAUAUUGUUUGCUCCAAGCAUACAUUCUGACUCUUCCCUAACUGUGGGUCAUUUAAUGGCCAGCUGACUACAUCGGUGACUAAUAUUGGUGUUAAACUGGAUAGCGCCCUUAGUUUUGAUAACCACAUCAAUGGAGUGAUCUCCUCCUCCUUUUUCCACCUUUAUCAGUUGGUAAAGAUCAAACCAGUUUUGUCACGUUAUGAUCUUGAGAUGGUAGUCCAUGCUUUUAUUACGGUGCGAUUGGACUACUGCAACUCUGUUUUAUUCGGUGUGAGCAAUGGCUCAAUAGCCAGGUUGCAAAUAGUGCAGAAUGCUGCUGCCAGAUUUUUAGAGGGCAGGCGCAAGUAUGAGCACAUAAGUCCUGUCCUGGCUGCGCUUCAUUGGCUGCCCAUUGAUGUCAGGAUUUGUUUUAAAAUACUCUUACUGGUUUUUAAAACGUUAAAUGGUUUGGCCCCUCCUUACUUGGUGUCACUGCUUCAACCGUACACCCCUGCAUGGUCACUCCGCUCGAAGAACCUCAUGCUCCUCUCGGUCCCAAGAACGCGCCUAAAGACACGUGGUGAUAGGGCCUUUGCUGUGGCAGGUCCUAAGCUUUGGAACGAGCUUCCUCUCAGCAUAAGGGCCUAAGGCAAGGCUAAAAACCUACUUUUAUGAUCUGUCUUUUAAUCUUUCUAACUAGUUUUAUUGUUUUACUUAUAGCAAUCUGUGUACUCACUGUAUUUUUUAUCUGUAUCUUGUGAUACAAUGUUUUUAUUUUCUGGACUUAAUGUUUUAUGUUUUUACUUGAUCAGUGUAGCGCCUUGGUGAAAUAUUUUUGCCUAUACAAAUAUGCGAUUUACAAAUGAAGUUGAGUUGAGUUUUGCCUCCCUAAGUACGACUUACACGGCAUUUAUUCCAAAUAGAGACCACUUCAAAUGUAUUAAAGAAACAAAUGUUCCACACCUUUAAAUCAACUCUAGAAUUUCCUGAUUUUCUCUUCUACUGGUUAAAUUGGAGUUACAACUGUUGCAAACAACCUUGUAGCAGCCUUUUGUAGCUAGCGCUAACAUUGCCUAUGCUAACAAUGAGCUAAUGCUAACACAAGCCAACUGAUUCUAAAGUAAUAAGAUCCAAACAGUUGGAAAAAAAAUUGUAUUAUGUACAAGUCCAGUAGCAACAAAACCAGGUCACCAUCAGUUUGUGAUUUGUAGCCUUCUUUAACGAGUGUAGCUUACGCUGAUGUUCAGACUGGUUUUAUCUCUUUGCUUUGCCGCCAAAGACAUUACUUUCUUACUUGUACUUCCAUGCUCUGCUAUUAUACUAACAAACAAGUAAAAUUCUUCCUCUUGUGCUUUUUUUUUGACGAUGGGCGGACUGAAAAAGCUAACUGCUUGCUUGUGAAAAUAUAUAUCUCUCAUAUAAGCUCUUUCAUAUAUUAUUAUAAGCUCUUUUAUAUGAUUAAAUAUGUAUCUCUCACUUUUGCUCCUUAUAUAUUAUCAUAAAUACAUUAUUAUAUGCCUUUUCAUGGAAUCUUGUUAUAAUAUCAAAGACCUCUCUGUGCCUUUUCUGCUCAAGCUGAACAGCUGCAUAAGGGAGUGAAAGCGUUCCUUCCUUCAGUUCCUCAAUACAAGAACAACUGUCUUUGUUAGCAAAGGAUGUUGCAGGAUGUGUCCUGAUCAUCUCAAGGUUGCAUGUCCUUGGGAUGAAUUGGUCUUUCAUUAACAAGGCUAUUAGCUGACGUGCGUCUGCAGGUGCAGAUGGCAGAAUUACGUGUGUGUAUGGCAAACUACGUAUGUAACAUUCCUGUAAUCUUCAAUAAAAAUCAGCCGUUUUCAGCAGAACGGCGAGAGUCUGUCCGAAGCAUCUGGCAAGAGCAGGUCGCGGGACUUGCUGCAGAGACUCUCCCCCUCAUGAGCGGUGAAACAGUGAA